AUGACGUUGAGCCGGGAGAAGGAUGUUCUCGCCAGCGUGUGCACGGUCGCUUCUGCAGUCGAGCGCCUCGAGGCAGCAUGCUCGCGCUUCAAGGCCCUCGGCGAGAGCUCGGCAAUCGGCGCGCCGGCAGACACCGCCGACCUCCAGUGCAGCCUCGCCCGUGGCCGAGACCAGCUCUCGGCGCUCGAGAGCACGCUGCGCGCGCUGCACAGCAGCCGUCAGGUGGUCGCCGUCGCGCCCACGCCGGCCGAGCUGCAGCCGCCGUGCGUCGACGUCACGUACUCCGACGGCGGGCGCCGUGUCUCCGCCGCGGGCCGCGACGCCUCCGGACGCUCUGGCGGCCCUCCGCCACCGUCGCCACAGGCGUACUACAAUGCGGAAAGGGCCCAGGAGGAGGCGUACUACAAUGCGGAAAGGGCCCAGGAGGAGGCGUACUACAAUGCGGAAAAGGCCCAGGAGGAGGUGUGA